CAGCACUUAAACACUUUCGUUAGAGCUUUAACUAAAGAAGGAGAAGUAGAACCCUUUCCUGGUCCGGUCAAAAUAAAUACAGAGAAAUGGCUGCUUUAGACGAAAUAAAACGUCUUGAAUAUUUAUCUUUGGUGUCAAAGGUGUGCACGGAGUUGGAGAAUCAUCUAGGAAUAAGCGAAAAAGACCUGGCUGAAUUUAUCAUCAGCCUGGCCGAAAAACACCCAACAUUUGAGGAAUUCAAAGCAGCUCUGUUAAAAAAUGGAGCAGAUUUUACAGACACCUUUGUUGGUAACUUACAUAGACUUAUUCACACCAUGCGAGCCCCACCAUCUACAAGUAAAGCUCAUCAGCCAACACGUGAGGACAGGCUGAAAGAGAAAUUCCCUGCCUUAUGUAAACCAGAUGAUCCUGUGUGGAAGUUUCCACCACGCCACACAGAUAAAGAUGAUGAGCAGGUUGCAGCAGCAGCCAUGAAGGAGCUGGAGAUGCUCAUGCCUAACUUCUGUGGAACAAGCUCCGAUAAUAGAAAUUUGCCCAGUGACAGAAGUCGAGACACAGACAGGCAGACUGGAUGUCAGCAAAAUCGUUCUCGCUCAAGAUCAAGAGAUCGGGAAGGAGAAACAAACCCUAAGCCCAAAAGGAAACGAGUGUCUCGCUGGAGUGACCAUCCACCCAGCCCUCGCAGAGACGAUGACAACAACAGCGGCAGCAACAACAAGAAUGAUAACAGAGACUCUAACUGUUUGCGUGAUAGACUUGUGGAUCGGCCUCCGCCAGAGGAGCCUGUUGUGGGCGACAUCUACAACGGCAAAAUCAGCAGUAUUAUGCAAUUUGGAUGUUUUGUGCAGCUAGAGGGCCUCAGGAAACGCUGGGAAGGCCUGGUGCACAUCUCAGAACUGCGCAAAGAAGGACGUAUAGCCAAUGUGGCUGACGUGGUCACCAAAGGCCAAAAGGUGAAGGUCAAAGUGCUGUCAUUCACUGGAACCAAAGCCAGCCUCAGCAUGAAGGAUGUCAACCAAGAGACGGGGGAGGACCUGAACCCCAACCGGAGAAGAAACCUGGACGCUGCAGUCGGAGACGAAGCCAUGAGGAACCCCGACCGCCCUGUUGAAGCCAGCGUGGUGGAAAUGGAGGAAAACCCAACAGAACGCAAACGGCUUUCCAAGAUAACUGACCUUGAAAAAUGGGAAAUUAAACAGAUGAUUGCAGCCAACGUACUUCCUAAAGAAGAAUUCCCAGAAUUUGACGAGGAGACGGGAAUCCUUCCUAAAAUAGAUGAUGAUGAAGAUGUAGAAUUAGAGAUUGAUCUAGUGGAAGAGGAACCACCAUUCCUGAGGGGACAGACUAAAUGGAGCACGACCAUGAGCCCAGUCAAAAUAGUAAAGAAUCCAGACGGCUCCCUCUCCCAAGCAGCCAUGAUGCAGAGCGCUCUCGCGAAGGAGAGGAGAGAGCUGAAGCAGGCGGCUCGCGCGGCAGAGUUGGAUGCCAUCCCUACGGGUCUCCACAAGAACUGGAUAGACCCCAUGCCUGAUUAUGAAGGAAGGCAGAUUGCUGCCAACAUGAGAGGCAUCGGCGCUAUGCCUGUCGAUCUUCCAGAGUGGAAAAGACAAGCCUUCGGAGGGAACCAGGUGUCGUAUGGCAAGAAGACAGAACUGUCCAUCCUGCAGCAGAGAGAGAGUCUGCCUAUUUUCAAGCUUAAGGCAGAGCUUGUUCAGGCUGUCCACGAUAAUCAGAUCUUGAUCGUAGUUGGAGAGACGGGGUCUGGUAAGACCACGCAGAUCACUCAGUACCUGGCGGAGGCAGGCUACACCUCCCGGGGGAAGAUUGGCUGUACGCAGCCCCGUCGUGUAGCCGCCAUGUCAGUGGCCAAGAGAGUCUCCGAGGAGUAUGGUUGCUGUCUAGGACAAGAGGUGGGUUACACGAUUCGUUUUGAGGACUGCACCAGUACUGAGACAGUAAUCAAGUACAUGACCCAUGGUAUGCUGCAAAGGGAGUGUCUGCUGGACCCAGACAUGAGUCAGUAUUCCCUCAUUAUGCUCGAUGAGGCCCAUGAGAGAACAAUCCACACCGACGUGCUCUUUGGCCUUCUCAAGAAGACGAUACAGAAACGCAAAGACAUGAAGCUAAUCGUGUCCUCUGCUACACUGGACGCCGUGAAGUUCUCCCAGUAUUUUUACGAAGCGCCCAUCUUCACCAUCCCAGGAAGGACUUUCCCAGUGGAGGUUCUCUACACCAAAGAACCUGAGACAGACUACAUGGAUGCCAGUCUCAUCACUGUUAUGCAGAUCCAUCUAACCGAGCCCCCAGGUGACGUCCUGGUGUUUCUGACUGGACAGGAAGAGAUCGACACCGCUUGUGAGAUCUUGUACGAGAGAAUGAAGUCACUGGGGCCGAAUGUUCCCGAGCUGAUUAUUCUUCCGGUUUACUCUGCCCUGCCCAGUGAGAUGCAGACAAGAAUCUUUGACCCUGCACCCCUAGGCAGCAGAAAGGUCAUCAUUGCCACAAACAUUGCUGAGACGUCUCUCACUAUUGAUGGAAUCUACUACGUGGUGGACCCUGGCUUUGUUAAACAGAUCGUGUAUAAUUCCAAGACGGGCAUCGACCAGCUUGUGGUGACUCCAAUAUCACAGGCCCAGGCCAAGCAGAGGUCGGGUCGAGCCGGCAGAACAGGCCCAGGGAAGUGUUACAGGCUCUACACCGAGAGAGCCUACAGAGACGAGAUGCUGACCACCAAUGUGCCUGAGAUCCAGAGAACCAACUUGGCCAGCACUGUGCUGUCUCUGAAGGCCAUGGGCAUAAAUGACCUCCUGGCUUUUGACUUCAUGGACCCUCCACCCAUGGAGACUCUGAUCACAGCCAUGGAGCAGCUCUACACUCUGGGAGCUCUGGAUGAUGAAGGCUUACUCACACGGCUGGGAAGAAGGAUGGCAGAGUUUCCCCUGGAGCCCAUGCUGUGUAAGAUGUUGAUCAUGUCCGUCCAUCUGGGCUGCAGUGACGAGAUGCUCACCAUCGUGUCAAUGCUGUCUGUGCAGAACAUCUUUUACAGACCAAAGGACAAACAGCCCCAGGCUGACCAGAAAAAGACAAAGUUCUUCCAGCCCGAGGGAGACCAUCUUACGUUGCUGGCUGUCUACAACUCGUGGAAGAACAACAAGUUCUCCAACCCCUGGUGUUUCGAGAACUUCAUCCAAGCCCGCUCCUUAAAGAGAGCUCAGGACAUACGCAAGCAGAUGAUGAGCAUCAUGGACAGACACAAGUUAGACGUGGUAUCCUGUGGAACCGCUACGGUGCGGGUCCAGAAAGCUAUCUGCAGCGGUUUCUUCAGGAACUCUGCCAGGAAGCACCCUCAUGAUGGGUACCGUACCCUGAUUGACCAGCAGGUGGUGUACCUCCACCCCUCCAGCACUCUCUUCAACCGCCAGCCAGAAUGGCUUGUGUACCAUGAGUUGGUGCUGACCACCAAGGAGUACAUGCGGGAGGUGACCACCAUCGACCCUCGCUGGCUGGUGGAGUUUGCGCCGGCUUUCUACAGAGUUGCCGAUCCCACGCGCCUCAGCAGGCAGAAGAGGCAACAGAAACUGGAACCUCUCUACAACCGCUACGAGGAACCCAACGCUUGGAGAAUCUCCCGCGCGUUUAGACGACGCUAAAGAUCUCCUGUGCUUCACACUUUUAUACCAGGCGAACAAACUUUGUUGGACAUACUGGCACUUCAUUUUGCUUUGCCAAACCUUAGAAUGGACAAAUGGUAAUUAAACCUUAAUUAUUACACAGCUUUGUUGAAUACUUGAUUCUGAUUGGUCAAUCACAGCAUUCAACGGUCUGUUAUUUCUGUAUAGCAGAGUGCUGCCAUGGACAGAGUUUUGAUUAUAGAUCUAGGAAAAUCUGUUUUUAAAUCAAUAUUUUGUGUCAAAUUAUUGAUUUCCCCAGUAAGUAGCCGUGCCAGGGAUUAUCCUUUACUUAAUUGUUAUAUUGGAAUGUUUUUCACAAUAUUUAAGCUUUAAGUUACUUCAGUUAUACUGAUUUUGCCGUGAUAGCUAUGUUACUAUGACCAAGUGUUAACACUAAAGUUGGUCAACAUUUUCUAUAUUGUAUUUUCCAUUAAAUAUUUAACAUGGGUGAUUGAGAUCUUUUCUUUCCGUCUUUUAAAUUGCAAUCUUAAUGUUUGUUUUCAUAAAUAACACUGGGUCGGUGUACUUUUAUUUGCUGCUGCCUUCUAAUUAUCAAAUCUUGUCUGCAUGUAAAUAUGGAACAUUUGUUAAAUAUGUGUGCAAAGUAUUAGGGCCAAAUGCUGUUUCAGGUAAAGGAAUAGUU